AUGUCUGUAAAAGUCUUUAUUUCUUCUGCCUCGGGCAAUCUUGGGGUUAAGAAGAAGCAAAUGAUGCUUUCUACGAUUCUAACUGCUAAAAAAAUCGAGCAUGAACAAAUCGACCUGGCUGACCCUUCAAAUGAGGAGAAAAAGUUUACCCUCAUUGAAAAUUUAAAAAGCAUCGAUAAAAUUUUCGUUCCUCCAAUUCUCUAUAUUGACGAUGAGUACCUUGGUGAAAAAUCGGAUGAUGAAGCUUCUCACACUUCCGAAAGUGAAUCAGAGGAAGGUUCGUCUACUAGUUCAAAACGCAAAAAGAACUCUUUUGAAAGCGACAGCUCAGAAGCCUCUGACAAAAAGAAAGCAAAGUCGGGUGGCAAAGAGUCCGAUGAAGCAGUUAAAUCAGGAGAUAAAAAAGUGAAGAAGAAAAAGUCAAAGCCGUCUGAUGGUGCCGGAAAAAAGGCUAAAGAAGAAAAGAAAAAAGAGUCUUCCUCCGCCGAAUCCGAGUCGGAUUCCUCUGCGGAAGAGAAAGAUGGUAAGAAGGCCAAAGAAGAAAAGCCUAAAGAAGAAAAGAAAAAGGAGUCCUCUUCCACCGAAUCUGAGUCGAGUUUCUCUGAGGAAGAGAAAGAUGAUAAGAAAGCCAAGGACAAGAAGAAAGAAAAGGCUAAGCCAGAAGCCAAAACCAAAAAAGAGUCAUCAGAGUCGGAAAGUGAAGAAUCUUCCGAGGAGUCGAAAAAGGAGAAGGUCUCUGCAACCGCUAGUAAAACCAAAAAGGAUGCAAAGGCAUCUGAAUCCAGUAGCGAGAGCGAGGAAUCGGAAGCUUCUGAAAAGGCAAAAACUACCGCAAAACCGACAGCGUCUUCCAAAGCGGAGUCAACAUCUUCUGAAUCUGAGUCCUCUGAGACGGAAAGUGAAUCCGAAACAGAGGAGCCCCCGAAGAAAACUCCUACAAAGGCUGACGCCAAAAGUGAAGAUAAGAAAAAGAGUGAGAGUUCCGAGUCCAAGGCGGCGGAACCACCGAAGAAGCCUCCUUCAAAGGCUGACUCCAAAACUGAAAGGAAGGUAGAGAGUUCGAGUGAAAGUGAGAGUUCGAGUUCUGGGUCCGAAACAGAGUCUUCUGACUGA